AUGGAACAAGUAUUGGAAAGAUACUUAUAUCAUUGGAACGGUAUCCAUUUAAUUGUUAUUAUUACUGUUGGAAUGUCCUCUCAAAGAGAUAGUGUAACUCCUUAUGAUCUCGAUGAAGUUUCCUUGAAUCCAUCUAAGAACAACAAUAAAACAUCUAAUCAUAAUGAUUCUGAAUUUCUCAAUACUGGAUUUACUUUAAUUGGUUAUACAUUUCUACUUCAAAUUAUUUUACAUAUCAUGACAUUUUUAUUGAAUAGUCUCUCUUAUCGUUAUUUGGAUACAGCUAGUUUAGGCUUAGUCAAUGUACGACUUGGUUUAUUUUAUUCAACAUUAAUAUUUACUUCAAGAGAAGCAUUUCGUCGUGCAUGUCUUAGUCGUGGUGGUCAAGUAGUCAAUAAAAAUCAACUGAAUCAUUGUCAAAUGCAAAUGUUACUACAAUAA